AAUGGCUACGGCCAGACAGAUUGGCGGUGGAGCAGAGACCUAUUUUGCCAAGAAACUAGCGAGUAAUGACAAAAUCGUGAGAGAUAAAGCCGUGAAAAAGUUGAAAGCAUGGAUAUUGUCACGAAGCUCUAAAUCUACAGAUCUCAAUGAAAAUAACUUGAUGAAACUUUGGAAAGGUCUUUUCUUUUGUGUAUGGAUGGCAGAUAAACCAAAUGUUCAGGAAGAAUUAGCAGAGGUAAUUGCACAACUUCUUCACUGUUUUCAAGAUGUUUCUUCAGCUCUGGAUUAUCUUCAUGCGUUUUAUAAAACUAUUUGCCGGGAAUGGCAUGGAAUUGACAGACUUCGCCUUGACAAGUUUUACUUGCUCAUUCGUAAAUUUGUCCUUGAGACUUUCAAUUAUCUCAAGAAACAAAAUUGGAAAGAAAAAUCUGUAAAGUUGGUUAAUGAAAUGCUGACAUCUGGACCAUUGUCCUCUUCUUGUGAGACAUUUUUUGUUCCUGAAGGUGUACAAUCACAUAUGAUUCAAGUAUACCUUGAAGAACUAGGAAAGUGUCAACUGUCUCAUAUUGAAGGACCUGUUCUUCUUCAACUAUUUCAACCAUUCAUUCAACUAUUAGCCAACAUCAAACGGAAAGUGAUUCUAACAACUUUAUCCCGAGAGAUAUUUGAUAAAAUCUUCGUAAAAGAUGACGAGACUAGUGAAUAUCCGAUCAAGAUGGACUUUUCAUCUCUAAGUGAAGAACUGUUUUCAUGGGCUAGUCGUAGAGACAUCCCAAUUAGAAACAGACAAAUUUUGUAUGAGUAUAUUGAAAAAGUCAAGACCAUUUCCCAGGAAAGUGAGACCACUCCUGCAAAAGACGGAAAUCAUAGAAUAAAUGGAUUUGUUGACGAAGAUUUGAAGACUGAUGACAAUGACAAAGACAGUACUGUCUUAACCAAUACGAAUAUACCCAACCAAAAUUUUAGCCGAAAAUCAAACAAAAAGACCAAACGAGAACGAGUGGUACAAAAUACCGAGAAAAGUGAUGUUCAAAUUGUUACGAAUAACAAUUUUUCUGAAACUGAGCACAGUUUCAAAAAGAAAAAAAGAUCUAAGAAGGCAAAAACUGCCAACGACAGUUCUACUGGUGUUAAUACGUCAAUUAAUGGUUUAUUGAAAGGUAAUGAGAUUGUUGCUCAUGAAAACGACGAGGCAAUCGCUUUAGAAUCAUCAGAAAACAAGAACGUCAUAAAAAAUAGCGGAACUAGUAAGAGGAGAAAAAUGAAUUCCAAAGUUGCCGAUGUAACAAUUAUAAAUUCGAAAGACGGAUAUAAAUCUAACGGGAAAAGAAAAAUGAAAAAGGUCGUGAACAUAAAAUUGUCGAUGAGAGCGAAACGAGUCAUUAUGAAUGCUGACAGUGAGGUAUUCUCAGAAAACAACGCGAAUGACGAUGAAUUAUCCCGCGUGGAAUUUCCUACGGAAAGUGAUGACUUGGAAGACGUUAACAAUACUAUUAAUUCUUUAGAUGGGUCGUAUUUGAGCACGUUUUCCCGUAAAAAUAUUCGUAAACUCCGUUCCUCAAAGAAAACAACUUCAAAAAGUGAGCAUAAAUCUAAGCCAUCUCCCGAGGAAAACAUUUUACAAGCGCAAACAUCUCUCGUUCAAAAUUCUUUUGAGGAAUGUCGUUCAUCAGAGCCUAAUGAAGAUGAUAACAAAAGGCAAGAUACUAACGUUUCAACAAGUGAUAACCGUGACAGUGACUCGAUGCCUAUAGCCAUGUUUGUCCGUCAUUCUUUGAAGAAAUUGAACAAUAAUUCUGAUGGAAAAUCGCAGGGAGACAAAUCGACCAUUGACAAACAGGAAAGCUCCAGUCAGAAGAAAAAAGUGCGCAUAGAAUUAUCGAAGAACACCAGUCACUCAACUAGAGAUUACCGUCAUCUGCUCAAGUGUAAACUUGUCAUUCCAUAUGAUGCCGGGAAGAAACCCGGUCAAAGUUUAUUGAAAACGUCUUUUUCACCGGAGACCAGUAAGUGUACGGGUGCUUUGAAACCACAGAAGCGUCCAACUGCGUCUGAUUUUUUUUAAACAUACAAUUUUAUGUCUGUCAAACCUCUUAUAAUCUCUCUUGUCAUCCUCACCAACUGCAAACAUUAACAAAUUGAAAUGAUGCGAUUGCUUGUAUCAUUCUGUCAAUUAUUCCCUCGCAUUCAGUAAGAUUUUUUAACAUGCUUAUAACUAAAUUGUGCUCAAUUUUUGUUGUGUAUUGUUGAUUAUCGUGGGAAUUCAAAAAAAAUCUAGGAAUCUUGCUGCAAACAGUGUUUAUAUAAAAUAGGACUUUAUAAAACAUGUAAAACUUAAUGAGUAAUGUAUAUUAAAUUAUCAAAAAUAA